UAAUCCCUUUCCUCCCCUGCUGAUAACCCACAGCUGGUUUACAAGGCCUCCUCUCACAUUUUGUGCUGCAGAACAGAGAAGGAAUUGUAGGGCCCUGAAGACCCCACGCUGUCUCUCCUCGGGGGCCUUUGCUCUAGGGGCCGGUCCCUGUGGGCUGGCAUGCCCCUUCUCCGCGCUCUUAAAGACACAGCUCAAGUGUCACCGCCUCUGGAAUGCCCACCCUAGGGCUCCCAGCUUGAACUACCUCCUCUCCGCUUAAGCGCUGGUUAUGGCGAGUCUUAACCAUCGUGAGUGCCAGAAGGCUCAGCUUUCGGGCUAGUCUGCUUCACCAGCCAGUGAGCUCGUGUGGGCUAGUCCAUUCUGGGUCUCACUACUCCCAUCUCUAUCCACACAUAGAGUGGCGUUAGGUCAGAUCAGGCCUGAAGACCCUGCCUCCGGCAGCUGGGCGACUUGGCUCCGCCCCCUCGUCGCCUGUGCGCGGUGCCGCCCCUCUCCUCCGCGCUCCCCCCGAGGAAAUGGUUCGACCGAAGCGGGUGGUGCCGAGGUGCCCAGGCCGCUCCGAUUGGUUAGGGCGAGCCGUACCACGGCGGUGGCGGGGGAGCGCGUCGUGGGCAGCCGGCGGGCUCUGAGACGGUGAGCGCAAAGCCUCAGGCCUCGGCUCCCUCCUUCACUGCGCCGUGCCAGGCCGCCCGCCGGGAUGCUGUGGACCGUGGGCCGGCGGUGGGCACGGGACGCGCUGCUCCUGGCUGUCGCAGCGGUGCUGAUCCAGGUCGUCUGGCUUUGGCUGGGUAGGCAGAGCUUCGUCUUCCAGCGCGAAGAGAUCGCGCAGCUGGCGCGGCAAUACGCUGGGCUGGAUCACGAGCUAGCCUUCUCUCGGUUGAUCGUGGAGCUGCGGCGGCUGCACCCAGGCCACGUGCUGCCCGACGAGGAGCUGCAGUGGGUGUUCGUGAAUGCUGGUGGCUGGAUGGGCGCCAUGUGCCUUCUGCACGCCUCGCUGUCCGAGUAUGUGCUGCUCUUCGGCACCGCCCUGGGCUCCCGCGGCCACUCGGGGCGCUACUGGGCUGAGAUCUCGGAUACCAUCAUCUCUGGCACCUUCCACCAGUGGAGAGAGGGCACCACCAAAAGUGAGGUUUUCUACCCAGGAGAGACAGUAGUGCAUGGGCCUGGUGAAGCCACGGCUGUGGAGUGGGGGCCAAACACAUGGAUGGUGGAGUACGGCCGGGGUGUCAUCCCAUCCACCCUGGCCUUCGCUCUGGCUGACACUGUCUUCAGCACCCAGGACUUCCUCACCCUCUUCUAUACUCUUCGCGCCUAUGCCCGGGGCCUCCGGCUUGAGCUUACCACCUACCUCUUCGGCCAGGACCCUUGACCAGCCAGGCCUGAAGGAAGACCUGUGGAUGGACAGGAGCUGGCAGGCCCGCAUAUAUCCACUUGCUGGAGUCCAUGUUUACAGACAGGGACAUACUCAAACCAUGCAGAUCCUGAGUUCCUGCUGUAUGAGCAGGGAUAUCCAUGCUUAUGUAUCCAAAACCAGAGACCCAUGGGAACAAAUAAGACACAUACAGACACUGAGACCUGUGCGUACAGUAGGACCAUGCACUCACACUCAUCCAGAGAGGGAGCCCCCGGUAUACCAAGGGAGCCAGUUGUGUUCAAACACACAUCACAAGCUUGACUCACUAACUCAGGCCUUUCCAGAGCUCCACAGCUUCCUACCCUCUCCCCACCAAACGGGUUCUGGAGUUAAGGUUGGGGGAGGGUAUUAUACUGUCUCACUCUGACUCCUCAAUCCAGCAGCAAUUUGAGGGGGAAGAGGAGCUGCCCUUUGGAGGCCCCCUUCACCCGCAGCUGUGAUGCCCUUCCCCUUCUCCCCUGUCCUCACCAUAUGCCUUAUCCCCAUUCUACUCCCCUGCUAUGCAAGUGCCCCUGUGGCUUGUCCCCAACCCCCUCAGCAACGAAGUCAGCUGGGGAACCAGAGUUAGGUGAAGAAUGCUUGAAGUCAGAGUCUUCCAUCCCAGAAAGACCCCCACGGCUUCUUUGGAGGUGUGAUGGGGAAACUGGUUUCAGCCCAGGACCCACCACUGAGGAGAGGAUCUAGACAGGUGGGCCUAAUUCCAAGGGGACCUUCCUGGCCUGGAGAAGGCCUUUUACACACACAAACACACACAUGCACACAUAUACACACAUGUAUAUCACAGUUUUCAGACAGCCCCUGCUGCAUUCUCUAUCCAUCUGUCUGUUUCUGUUAAUAAAGAUUUGUUGAUCUAUU